AUAAAUAUAAAAUAUGGUAUUGAUAAUUAUGAAUCAAAUAAUGAAUCAAGAUUAAUAACAGCUGAAUACGAUAAUUAUUAUAUUGUAUGUUCAUAUCAUCCAAAUGCUGGAGCAAAAUUAAAAUCAUUAGAUAAAAAAUUAGAAUGGAAUAAAAUAUUUAAAGAAUAUAUUAAAUUACUUGAUGCUAAAAAACCAGUUAUUAUUUGUGGUGAUUUAAAUGUUGCACAUAAAGAAAUUGAUUUAAAAAAUCCAACAACAAAUUCACGUAGUCCUGGUUUUACUAAAGAUGAACGUGAUAAUAUGACUGAUUUAUUAGCUGCUGGUUUUAUUGAUACAUAUCGUAAUUUAUAUCCAGACAAAGAGGGUGCAUAUACAUUUUGGAAUUAUGUUAGUAAUGCACGUUCAAGAAAUGCUGGAUGGAGACUUGAUUAUUUUUUAACAUCAAAACGUAUUGUUGAUAAUGUUUGUGAUAAUGUUAUUCGUAGUGAAGUAUAUGGAAGUGAUCAUUGUCCAGUUGUACUUUAUUUAAACAUUUAACCAAAAAAAAAGAAAAAAAAAAAUUAAAACUACUUGGGUGGUACUACA